AUGGACGAAAAGCAAAGCCUAGCUCAGACAUACUCCGAGACGCUCGUAACAAACUCUAAACUUCACGCAGCAAUUUCCAAAACGGUCAACCAAGUUAUCGAGAAGACGGACUUGAGCCUUCAACACGCACCGUUAGAGGGCAGCGGUUAUGCGCGUGAUCAAGGGACGGAUCAUGUAAAGCGUCCUAUGAACGCGUUCAUGGUCUAUGCUCGGGCAGCGCGCAAAGAAUUGGCAUUACAGUACCCUAACCUCAGCUACAGAAAGUUAAGUAAAAUCCUGGGUCAGCUUUGGAAAAUGUUGGACGAGAAGGAAAAGCAGCCGUUUAUCGAAGAAGCCGAAAGAUUGCGUCGAAAACAUCGCUCUGAGCAUCCCGAUUAUAAAUACCAACCGAAAAAGAAAGCCAAGAAAACACGAAGCGACUCUGAAGAGAGCACGAGCACGCCACGGAGUCUUCCGAUGACGCAUGAUCUUUCACGAAAGGUUGGCGAGCAAUUGCGAACGAAGCAAAGCAUCGAUCCCCGUUUCCCCACCCCAGCCUGGAACUACGGGGUGUCUCUACCCAUGGCCGUCAAACCAGAGUCUUAUCGUACGGUUCCCGAAUUUUCACCCAACCCAGGAAUGAAUCAGUACCUAACCACCUCGGAUAGUUUAGACAACAACAAGCUCUUCUCCAGUCUUUUAACGGAAGCAGCGCAACGCGGGAGCCUGAGACUAGAGGACACAACAAAGAACCUUACAUCAGGCAUCCCUGCAACAAGCCUACGAGAUACUUCGCCUCGUUUGAUCAAUCAAUAUAACCUUCUUCAAAGGCCACUGGCCAGCGUAGCUCGUCCAGAGUUCGCGAAAGGUCUACCGUAUUUCCCUACCAGUUUGUUCCAGAAGACAACAGCGGGAUUGUUUGAAGAUCAGCAUCACCAGGCUGGUUACCCUACACCAGUUGACAGACUUGUGCCUGUAACGUCCGCAAGCCGAACUAGGGGUGAACUGUACCUCCGAGUAUAA